AUGGUCAAAAAUAUUCUGGAGAAUCAGGACCCUAAACUGCAGGCGAUGAUCGUGGAUCACACGGUGCCUGCUCCCAAAGAAAUACCAAUGGACGAACCUGUUUUGAAAAGAGUUGCCAGACCUUUGAGACAUGUCAAGUUCAUCCCGAUUAAAUCGCUGGCGUUUUAUACUAAGACAGGUCCUAUGGAAUUCUCGUAUGAAAAGAAAAUCAAAACACCUAUCCCUAAGAACAAAAUCGUCGUUCGAGUCAGUAAAGUGGGUUUGAACCCUGUAGAUAUGAAAAUCAGGAAUGGUUACACAUCCUCAAUUUACGGUGAAGUUGGCUUAGGGAGAGAAUACAGCGGUGUUGUCACCGAAGUAGGCGAGAACCUAAACUAUGCUUGGCACGUGGGCGAUGAGGUAUAUGGUAUAUACUACCAUCCACAUUUAGCAGUGGGCUGUUUACAAAGUUCGAUCUUGGUUGACCCAAAAGUGGAUCCGAUCUUGUUGAGACCAGAUUCCAUAACGCCCGAAGAAGCUGCGGGUUCAUUAUUCUGUUUGGCGACUGCUUACAACAUCUUGAACAGAUUGUUCAAGAGCAAGUACUUGAAGCAGGAAUCGAACAUCUUAAUCAAUGGUGGGACAUCCUCAGUAGGGAUGUUUGCCAUACAAUUACUGAAACGCCAUUAUAAACUGCAAAAGAAACUAGUCGUUGUAACGUCAGCGAAUGGGCCCCAAGUUUUGCAAAAGAAUUUCCCCGAUUUGGCUGAUGAAAUGAUUUUCAUCAAUUAUUUAACCUGCAGGGGUAAGUGUAGUAAACCGCUGAGGAAAAUGUUUGAGGAAAAGAAGAUUUCCCAAUUUGAUCCAUUACAAGAUAAAGAAACCAUACUCAGCUAUAAUGAGGGCAAGUUUGAUGUUGUACUUGAUUUUGUCGGCGGCUACGAUAUUUUGAGCCACUCCAGUUUGUUAAUCCACGGCGGUGGUGCAUACGUGACCACCGUGGGUGAUUACGUCGCCAAUUACAAAGAAGACGUUUUUGAUUCGUGGGAUAACCCAAGCGCUAAUGCAAGAAAAAUGUUCGGAUCUAUCAUUUGGUCGUAUAACUACACUCAUUAUUAUUUCGAUCCAAAUGCAAAAACGUCUUCCUCCAGCAAUGAUUGGAUUGAACAAUGUGGCGACUUUCUGAAAAAUGGUACUGUCACGUGUAUUGUCGAUAAAGUCUUCGAUUGGAAAGACCACAAAGAAGCAUUUUCUUACAUGGCUACUCAACGUGCACAAGGGAAGUUGAUUAUGAACGUCGAAAGGUUCUAG